GACACAUCGCAGGAGGAUAUGUGAAGUUGGAAUCCCACUAAACUAAUGCUGUGAAGUGGCUCUGUCCCUGGAGCCAAGACUUCAUCCCCUUGGUGUCAGCGAGGAUGCUGUGGGUUACCUUGCUGAGCACCAUAGCCUUAGGAUGGACCACCCCGAUCCCACUACUAGAGGACUCCGAGGAGAUUGACGAGCCCUGCUUCGAGCCCUGCUACUGUGAGGUCAAAGAGGGCAUCUUCCACGUCCACUGUGACAGUAAAGGAUUUACAAAUGUCAGCCAGAUCUCCCAGAUAUGGAGCCGGCCCUUCAAGCUCAACCUGCAGAGAAACUCCAUGAGGAAGCUUUACUUUAACAGCUUCCUCCAUCUUAACAAUGCCAUAUCCAUUAAUCUGGGUAAUAACGCCUUGCAAGAUAUCCACGCUGGAGCGUUCAAUGGCUUAGGAAUACUCAAACGGCUGUUUCUGCAUGAAAACAAACUAGAAGUUUUCCGGAACGACACUUUCCUGGGGUUGGACAGUUUAGAGUAUCUCCAGGCAGACUACAAUGUUAUCAAAAGGAUUGAAAGUGGUGCAUUCAGGCACCUUCACAAGUUGAGAGUGCUCAUAUUAAAUGACAAUCUGAUCCCAGUGCUCCCAAAUUAUCUUUUUCGGUCUGUAUCGCUCACACAUCUGGACUUGAGAGGAAACAGACUAAAGACUUUGCCGUAUAAGGGCACGCUGGAGUAUGUGGGGAGGAGCUUGAUGGAAAUCCAGCUGGAGGAGAAUCCCUGGAACUGUGUGUGUGAGAUUGUCCAGUUAAAAACGUGGCUGGAGAGAAUCCCUUACACAGCGUUGGUAGGUGAGAUCACAUGUGAGUACCCAUUCCACUUACAUGGGAAAGACUUGCGGGAAAUCAAGCGCAGUGAGCUCUGUCCUCUGCUCUCCGAUGCAGAGAUUGAGGCCAAGCUGGGAAUUCCCCGGGUUCCGUUCAGCAAUGAGAACACAUGGCCUACUAAACCUUCCUCCAUGCUCUCCUCCUUUCACAACACAGCCUCUUCUGUGGAAUAUAAGGAAAGAGUUGUCAAGCCCACCAAAAGACCUCGGCCCACAAAGAACCCCCCAACCCCUCGUAGCAUCUACCCGGGCAUCAACCAGCCCCCUAUUGCUGGUUACCAAACAAGGCCCCCCAUUCCAAUAAUUUGUCCAGCUGGAUGUAUUUGCAACCUCCACAUCAAUGACCUAGGGUUAACAGUGAACUGUAAAGAGAAAGGCUUUCACAACAUUUCAGAGCUUUUGCCACGGCCCCUCAAUGCCAAGAAAUUGUAUCUCAGUGGGAACCUAAUACAGAAAAUCUACCGUUCCGAUUUCUGGAACUUCUCAAGUUUGGAUUUAUUACAUUUAGGGAACAAUCGGAUAUCCUACGUCCAGGAGGGCGCCUUUAUCAACCUACCAAACUUGAAAAGUUUAUAUCUCAAUGGGAAUGACAUUGAGAGACUCACCCCCGGGAUGUUUCGGGGGCUUCAAAUGUUGAGUUAUCUUUACUUUGAGUAUAAUGUAAUUCGUGAGAUACAACCUAACUCCUUCUCCCUAAUGCCCAACCUCCAGCUGGUUUUCCUUAAUGACAACCUGUUACGCUCCCUCCCCACUGAUGCCUUUGCUGGCACCAACCUUGCACGUCUCAACCUGCGCAACAAUUACUUCCUCUCGAUGCCUGUGCGCGGCGUCCUGGAGCAUCUGCAUUCCAUCGUCCAGAUUGAUCUCCAUCAGAACCCCUGGGACUGCUCCUGCGAUAUCAUCCCCCUCAAACAGUGGCUGGAAAAGCUCUCCUCAGUCAUUGUAGUUGGAGAUGUCAUCUGCAAGACACCUGAGUUCGCUUUUGGGAAGGACCUGCGUUCACUUGAGGUUGAGGUCAUCUGUCCUGAGCUUAAGUAUUCUUCAGGCCCCUCCCCGGCUCUGCCCGGUGGAGAUGACCUCACCACAGGGAGCUCUGACAUGGGGGAGGCAGGUGGGAGAGGGGCUGUCCCACUGUCUGUCCUCAUCCUCAGCCUCCUCAUCCUCUUCAUCUCUGCUGUGUUUGUGGCUGCCGGGCUUUUUGCCUUUGUUCUGCGUCGCAGGAAGAAGCUGCCCUUCCGGAAACGUUCCGAGGUCGAUCUGACAGGGAUCCAAAUGCAAUGCAGGAUUUUUGAGGACCCACCAAGGCAAAGCAGUGCUGGGAACACUGGCACGCCAGAGAAACCGACGCCCAGUAUGCACACACACACUCACGCCAGUCACACACAUGCUCAUGGCCACGUUUAUGAUUACAUCCCCCACCCUGUGACUCAGAUGUGUAACAACCCCAUCUAUAAGCCCAGAGAGGGGGAGAUAGCAGAGGAGGAGCGAGCACAGUUUUCAGAGAAGAAAGACAAUGGAAGCAGUAGCAACAGUAACUACAGAACCUUGUUAGAGAAAGAAAGAGAGUGGACCCUGGCUGUCUCCAACUCUCAGCUCAACACCAUCGUCACAGUCAACCACACCACAGCUGACAUGGCAGGGUUUCAUGAGAAUGGAGGGCUCUGCCCUACAGUGAUUGACAGUCAGAGGCCCACGCCAACCGUGGGUUUUGUAGACUGUUUGUAUGGGACAGUGCCCAAACUAAAGGACAUGCAUGUGGCGCAUGCGCACCCACCAGGCAUGCAGUAUCCGGAUUUGCAGCAGGAUGCACGGCUGAAAGAGACAUUGCUUUUCACGGCGGGGAAAGGCUGCUACCCCGACCCGUCCCAAAGCGAUUACCUCGAGUUAAGGGCCAAACUUCAAACCAAGCCGGAUUACCUCGAAGUCUUGGAAAAAUCUUACCGGUUUUAG